GCAGGCAAAGUUUAUAAACUUAAAUUGUUUCGUUAUUUUUCGCAAUGAUUUUUACAUCUCUUAGUAAAACAUGAAUAGUAUAAGGUUUAAUUCCAUGAGUUAUUUUUUAACUAUAGUUUAUCUUCAACUCGUAGAUGGAGUGGACAGAACAAAAAGAUGUGAUGCUAGCCUGAGAAAUAACUUGCUGUCGCGACCGCAACCUGAAGCCGUUCUAGCCCCAGUUUCUUAUCGGUCGUCACGUCGCCGACGUCAACGAAAACGUCUGUUGCUUAAGGUGCCUAAUGAACAACGUUAACUGGUGCUGUUUCACAAUCGUUGUGUUAGAUUUGCGUGACUCGCGUGACUAAUUUUCGUUGGCGUUUGUGAGCGGAAAGAAUUUAGGUCACGAGACAAAAAAGGGUCACGGAAUGGAAGCCUGCCGGUUAUUCUAGGGCCAUGCACAGUCCUUGAUGUGAUGCUCAAAUGAAUUAAUCUUGUAACACUAUUUAACACGAUCAAAAAUCUAUUACAUUCCAAAGACUUCGGUUGAAAUCAAAAGCUAGUUCCGGGCUGCAAUAACUUAUAAUUGAUCAAUUGUGUCUGUUCAGUUAUUUUCAACACCACAGUUGUGAGAACAAGUUGAUCCAAAGGCUUUAGUCCUAUUUUGACGUCUUCAAGAACAGUAAUUGAGCCUAUAAGCUGUGUUCAAUUUCAAACUUGUCUGUAUUUAACGUUGAAUCAGAGCUGUAAAUCAAGGGCAACCUAAUUAUUAUCAUGGUAGCCAUUUUUGUGCCUUUGGUUUAGUCUGAAAAACAUCAGUGACAAAUUUUCGCGGUGCCACUGUCACCAGAUUUGUAAAGCUACACAGACACAUCAACACAAAUAGUAACUUCUUUUUAGUGCUGUCUUGCCUGUAUCAAACUAAGAAUAUGUUAAGCCAAGGAUGUAUAGCACAAGUCCCCUGUAGUAUAUUGUGGCAAAGAGUUUGACCUUGGUGAAUUUGCAUUUUUCGCUCCUAGUUUUGCAGAUAAAGCCCUAUUUUAAUACCGUUCAUUUUGAUCAAUACCAUUGGAUCUACAAAAAACGCAGAACUUGGUAACGCCACAGUUGUAAGAACAGGUCGAUCCAUCCUUUUAUUCAGUCCUAUUUUGACGUCUUCCAGAACAGUAAGUGAGCCUAAUUUAAGUCGUGUUCAGAACCAGUUCACUCGAUUAGACUUGUUUGUAUUUAAAGUUGAUUCAGAAUUGUAAAAUAAAUGGAAACCUUAAUGAUUAUCAAGGUUGUAAUUUUUAUGUCCUUCGUUUAAGCCUAAAAAAUAAAACUGACAAAUUUUCCCGGUACCACUACAUGCCAUCUGUUUCGUAAAGCUAAAUAUUUUGAAUUAAAUAAACUUAUAAACUGUGGAAGAGUUAGUUUGCUAGAUGUUGCAAAGAUGUGUACAUAUAAACUGUGAUAGUUUUGUUUCACAUUUAAGAUUACCCACAACAUCAGUAGUUUACUUUUGCUUGCUUCUUGUCGCAAACAAAGCAUUUUACGAGUUGCCUUUCAUCGGGACGCGAAGGUACAUAUUUUCAAUAAAGGAACAAUUUGCAUUCACGUGACAACGUGAGCUCACUUUAAUCGCUGAUGAAGACUGUGCGAUACAGUCGAAAGCUUCGUUUACAAAAUUUUUCAGACCUUGUGACAAGAAUAAUUGUUCGUUUAUUUAUGCACCAAGGUCAAGAAUGAGCGUACAUAGUCAUACAUAUUUUCACUUUCAACAAGGCAUCGAGAACAAUCAAAGGAAAGAAUCAAAAAGUUUAUUUUUUUAUUCCUUUAUAAGCUAUGAUCUUAUUUUAAACCAGGAUCACCAAAAAAACGUAUCUAAUAAAUUCGGGCUGGGUUAAGAUGUUUUGGGACAGUCAAUGAUGCCACGCCCUUUCAAUAUUCACAGGUGAUGGGUUUGUACCUUAAUCAGAAACUGAUCAUGAAUCGCUUAAGCUCAGUAAUGAGGCAAAUAUUAGGAAGAAAGGUUCUCCUUUGCAACGAUUUCAUUAGUGUUUUGUUUUGCUUAUCUGUUUUAAAAGGACUCAGAAAACAGGACGCAAUCAUGGAUAACAUAGCCGCCAUCUUCAUAGGAAUACUUGUUGCUCAUUUCCUUCUCAACACCGGUCGUGGUCUAAAAGCAAUCGAGUUGUGCAAAGAAUGUGUGAUUUUUCUGAAUAAAGUGGUGCUGAGACAAGAGCCACAUUUCAGAGUAAUAGAGAAUUUCAUCUAUCAAACACCAUUUAAGGCGUACCGUCUUAUCCGCGAUUACAAAAAUGCGAUAAAAUACGGCAGGAAACUUAUUUUGGUAUACCGCAUACUUGGUGAAGUAACGACAGAAGGGGCGCUUGCCAUAGAAGUAGCAGAAAUAUAUGAACGUCAGGGUAAACGCACAGAGGCAAAACUAUUUUAUGAACGAGCAAUCAGUAUCAUGACAGCAACUCGGAACAGACAGGGAUUAGCAACUGCAUAUGGAAAAGUUGGGACUUUUUCUUUUUGGCUUAAUGAAUAUGCCAAAGCUCAAGAAUACUUAAGCAAAGCAAUUGUCAUCAGAGUGGAAAUUGGCGACAGAGAAGGAGAAGCAAAAGAUAGGGCAAACCUGGGAAUUGUGUUUCAAUGUCUUGGUAAUUAUAGAAAGGCCAAAGAAUACCAGGAAAAAUCACUUGCGAUCAGCAUACAAAUUGGUAACAGGUACCGAGAAGCAAGGGCUUACUUAAACCUAGGAACUGUGUUUCAAUAUCUUGGUCAACAUUUCAAAGCUAAAGAAUAUCUAGAGAAGGCGCUUACAAUCAGCAUAGAAAUUGGCGACAGGAAGGAAGAAGCAGAAGAUUACGGAGACUUAGGAGUUGUGCUUCAAUCGCUUGGUGAAUAUAUGAAGGCUAAAGAAUAUCUGGAAAAAGCCCUUGUUAUCUACUUAGAGAAUGGUGACAGAAAUGGAGAAGCAAACGUCUACGGAAAUCUAGGAUCUGUGUUUCAAUCUCUUGGUGAAUAUAUCAAGGCUAAAGAAUAUCUGGACAAGGCACUUGCGAUCAGAAUAGAAAUUGGUGAUCGGAAUGGAGAAGCAGCAGCUUACGGAAACCUAGGACAUGUGUUUCAAUCUCUUGGUGAAUAUAUCAAGGCUAAAGAAUAUCUAGAAAAGGCCCUUGCGAUCAGAAUAGAAAUUGGUGAUCGGAACGGAGAAGCAGCAGAUUACGGGAUCCUAGGAAAUGUGUUUGUGUGUCUUGGUGAAUAUGCCAAGGCUGCAGAAUACCUAGAAAAGGCACUUGCGAUCAGAAUAGAAAUUGGUGACAGGAAGGGAGAGGCAGCAGAUUACGGAAGCUUAGCAACUGUGUUUCUAUCUCUUGGUGAAUAUGUCAAGGCUAAAGAAUAUCUGGAAAAGGGAAUUAAGAUCAGAAUAGAAAUUGGUGACAGACAAGGAGAAGCAGCAGAUUACGGAAACCUAGGACAUGUGUUUCAAUCUCUUGGUGAACCUAUCAAGGCGAAAGAAUAUUUAGAAAAGGCUCUUGCGAUCGACAGAGAAAUUGGUGAUAGAAAUGGAGAAGCAGGAAUUUGCAGCAAUCUUGGAAGUGUGUUUCAAUCUCUUGGUGAAUAUGUCAAAGCUAAAGACUAUCUAAAAAAGGCCCUUGCGAUGACAAUAGAAAUAGGUGAUCGGAACGGAGAAGCAGCAACUUACUUGAUCCUAGGAGUUGUGUUUGUAUGUCUUGGUGAAUAUGGCAAAGCUACAAAAUAUCUUGAAAAAUCUCUUUCGAUAUCUCGAGAUAUUGAAGAUGCUGAGAAAGAGUUUCAGUGUCUAAAUCAUCUAGGCUUAAUAAAGUUAUUACAAGGAAAGAUCCAGGAAGCAGUUAACUGUUUGCAAUUGAGCAUUAAAAAAAGCGAACAUUUGCGAAAUUUUCUUCAAGAUAACGAUCAAUUUAAGAUUUCGUUUUCAGACGUGUACCUUUCUCCAUACCAUAUCCUCAGUGUAUUGUUUUGUUCCACUGGAAAUCAUAACGAUGCCCUUUACGCUGAAGAGCUUGGACGGGCUAGAGCUUUAGCAGACUUGAUGGCAGAUCAAUAUUCAAUUGGAAACAAGCAAAUGUCGUCUAAUCCGCAAUCUUGGAUCGGUAUUGAAAACAUUAUGAGAAACGAAACGAAUUGUGCUUGUCUGUACAUUACUUAUUAUGCUCAUUACUUAUUUCUUUGGAUUCUCAAGACAAGCGGGGUCAUUCACUUCCGUCAAAUAACAGCAAAUGAAGACAUAUUUUGUGGCGGAUUAGUUCCCAAAUUGGAAGACUUUUUUUCCAAAAGCUUCCGUAGUUUUGGCAUUUUACCCGAGGAGGAUUGUGAAGAUCGAUCUUUAAAUAGUGUGGAACCAAAACUAAAAUCAUCCCGGGAAGAUAGCGAUGCAGCUCCACGACUUGUUGAGGAAGACGACGGGGAAGGCCAACAUUACGAAUCAGCCCUUACUUUGUGUUACCGAAUGCUCAUCAGCCCUGUGGCUGACUUACUUGGCAAUGAGGAGCCUGAAAUCAUCAUUGUUCCUCAUCGCUUCUUGUACAAAGUUCCAUUUGCGGCAUUACAGGACGCAAAUGGGAAGUAUUUAUCAGAGACUUUAAGGCUCCGCAUCGUUCCUUCGUUGACAACUCUAAAGCUCAUCCAGGACAGUCCAGCCGAAUAUCACAGUGAGACUGGCGCACUGGUUGUGGGUGAUCCCAAGGUUGGUCGGGUGUUUUACAGAGGAAGUGUUGAAAACUUCAAACCAUUGGAAUUUGCAAGAGCGGAAGCAAAGAUGGUUGGACAACUGAUGGGCGUUCAACCUCUGCUAGGAGAACAGGCAACAAAGCAAGCUGUUCUUGACAUGAUACACUGCGUGAGUCUGGUACACUUUGCUGCACAUGGCAAUGCUGAAAGAGGAGAGAUUGCCCUUGCGCCAACUGCGACAACUGUUACUGAGAUUCCUGACGAAAACGAUUACCUAUUGACUACGUCCGACAUUUCCCGAAUUCAACUACGAGCGAAGCUUGUAGUACUUAGCUGCUGUCACAGUGGACGCGGGCAGAUCAGGGCUGAAGGAGUUGUUGGAAUUGCUCGAGCUUUCUUAGGAUCCGGUGCACGUUCAGUGCUGGUGGCACGCUGGGCGCUAGGAGACAAAGCAACAGAACAGCUUAUGAGGUGUUUCUACAAGCACCUUGCUGAUGGAGAAAGUGCCAGUGAAUCUCUUCACGAGGCCAUGAAGUGGAUGAGAGGCAACGGCUUUCCCGAGGUUGCCGACUGGGCACCGUUUAUGCUCAUUGGAGAUAACGUGACAAUUCAGUUUGGAAACGUCGGAAGCCAAGUUGACUGAAAUUGGAAAAGAGACCGAGAAUUGGUGUUGAGAGCCUGUCAGAGGACUUGAUAGAGACUGCCAACAAUAGGAGGCAGUGCCUUAAAAUUGACUUUGGACACAAUUUUUAUAUAUUUAAUUUCUAAGUUUAAUUUUUUUCCGAGCCUAGUUUGUCUUUAUUUGUUUGCUCGUUUGUUUUGUCGUCAAGCCAUUGUCAGAGCGAGCAGAGAUUUCACAAUUUCUUGCAAGUGUAAGACAAAAAUGAAGACUUUAUUUCAGUGAUGAAAUGAUGAAAUGUCCGGGACAAUUCUAAAAGAAAAGACUUUUCGGUUUGCCACCUGUUAGACAAGCGAUUCAGCGAUUUAUUGGUGUGAUAAUCAUCCAAUGAUUUUUCUACAGUUGUUUAAUUUCCAUUUAGAUCUCUCUCCAUGAAAAAACAAUUCAACCAAGCCAGUUUCAAUGACGUUUGUUUGUUUGUCCAUGCAAGGGUUUCUUGAUCGGCAAUAUCGCCCCGGUGAGUAGAGGUUAGGUGUAUCACGUGAUCUAUUGCGGCCAAACAGUUCAACAGAAAAAAUCCUGCUGGAUUAUAGAAUUAUAUAACUGAAGAUUGUUAUUAGUCGUGUUCCGAAGGUACGAAUAAUCAAGCUGUUGUAACUGAAUACAUCGAACUGUUGGACUCAAUAAGUUGAGGUCGCAAAUUGUAAAAAUAAUAAUUUUAAUCAUUCUUAGCAUUUAUUGUUGAGAAAUAGUUUUAGUAAGGUGUCCCUACUGUAAUUAAUUGACAGUUAUCUCUCGAUUUAGCGUUUUUCAGACGUUCACAUUUUUAAAUGUGUAGUAACCUAAAAGUUACUCUUAGAUUUAAUGACUAAUUCAAGUACCAGUACUUAUCUUAGACACGGGUCCCGGGGGAAGAGUUCCUUAUAAAAAGGACGGGGGUGCUCGUCGAACCUUUUAGUGGUAAAAAAAAAAAGCGACCUUGGUACCUCUUAGGGUGAU